AUGUUGAGGUCACUGAUCAUGCGGCCUCAAAGGCUGCUGAUUCUUUUGGCUACAGUCGUCACAGUCGUGCUUAUAUCUUCCUUCUUCUCUGUUACUUCAUUUAACUCUUCUAAGCAUAUCCGCACUCGGCUGAGACAACUGCCAUCGUAUUUACGGAAUCAAGUAUGCCUGUCAUCCCCCUAUGCCGAAGAUCAAACAUACAAUGCUCUCGCAAAAAAUGCUAGUGUCUAUAGCAUCGGGCGUUAUGCCAUUAAGGAUGAACAGGGAAACUAUCGACCACCUGAGUUCAAUGCCGCAACUGUGAAUCAGGCACCUCGAGCGAAAGCUGCGUUCAUUGCUCUCGUCCGUAAUGACGAGCUUGAAGGCAUGGUGCAAAGUAUGCAAGAAUGUACGUGUCUGAGAACUAGUUUAUAUCGUACUGACAUAUCAGAUGAGUUUCGUUUUAAUCGCAAAUACAACUACCCAUGGGUGUUUUUGAACGACAAACCUUUUACGAACCAGUUUAAACGGGAGGUGCGGAAACACACUCGUGCGCCUGUUUAUUUCGGCGAAGUACCAAAAGAGCACUGGAGCUACCCGGAUUGGAUUGACCAGUUCAAAGCAUUUGAGAGUCGAGUCGAAAUGAUGAAGCUAGGCGCACCAUAUGCUGGAUCGGAAUCAUACCGGCACAUGUGCCGAUGGCAAAGCGGCUUCUUUUUCGAACACCCGCUCACAUACCAACUCGAUCUUGAGUACUAUUGGCGUGUUGAGCCUAAUGUGCACCUCACCUGUGACAUUGACUAUGACCCUUUCAUGUUUAUGAAGAUCAACAACAAAGCUUAUGGCUUCACAAUUGCGAUGGUCGAAAUUGACACUACUAUUCCCACUCUUUGGCAAACUACCCUGGAUUUUGUAAAAAAGCACCCCGAGUAUUUGGCGCCUGACAAUGCACAGUACUUUAUAAUUGAUGAUGAUAACUUGGAGGACUCAAGCUACAAUAUGUGUCAUUUCUGGAGUAACUUCGAGAUUGGCGACCUGCGCUUCUUCCGGAGCAAGCAGUAUAAAGAUUAUUUCAAACAUCUCGAUGAUUCCGGUGGAUUUUUCUAUGAACGUUGGGGCGAUGCACCAGUCCACAGCAUUGCCGCAUCACUCUUUUUGAAUCGCACGCAAGUGUAUCAUUUCAAAGAUAUUGGCUAUUCGCAUGGCGGAAUGGGUCAUUGCCCGCUAGGUGAGGAAAAAUACCACCAAAGUGGCAAGUGCGAUUGUAACCCUUUGGAAGCCAUCACCAUUACGGAAGGUUUCUGCAUGGGAGAUUGGUGGUUUGCUUCGGCGGAAGGCCGUCCACCUGAGCGCAAAGAGUAUGAGGACCUUAUUCGACUAAUGGAAGCCCAAAGCAGUGAAGAGGAGAGCGAGGAGAUGUCCGAGCAGGAGGAGUCUGGUGAUUAA